AUGGUAGCCGAGCAGAAGGAGCUGAUGCACUCAGCUAGCUUUGUGCAAGUCGAUGAACAGACAUUCCAGGUCCCAUUUAGCGAGUGGAGUGAUGACCCAAAGCUGAAAAACAUUGGGAGUUACCAUGUGUUCCAGAUGCAGUGCGCGCUGGAGGGAUACACGUUGCGUCUGUUCACCAAGACACUAGGCUGGUCAAAGGAAGACACAGAUGCCCUGCUUAGUCGGGUGCAGGAGGAACUGCUGCAAAAGGAUCUGCGGCUAUAUUCAUAUUUCCAUCUCGUCAUGGGGCAGAAGCCAGCACAAUCCUCUCGAAAGUAA